AUGGUUGCUACUAUGAUCAGCAACUCUGUUGUUACACAUUAUCCCACCACUUCCAAUGAGCCGCCGCAACCUGGCUGUUCAAAAGAGAUAUCCAUAUGGGACGACUUUGAUCGGGAAGUUAAGAAUUUACAGCCAAGAAGCUCACCUAUGGCAAAAGCGAUUACGGAAAUAGGAGCAUAUCUAGAACAUGCAUUAUUGCCCCGAAACUCCGAAGACACAUCCCUUGAAUGGUAG